AUGAGUUUCCCAGGAUCAAAGUCUGGACACAAGACGAAGUGGAUGAGGCCAAGAAUCGGGAUAGGAAAGCGAGUGAAGAUUAUGGAAGGAUUACGGUGGACUGUUGAUGUUGUGUACGAGGAUCCUCAUCCCCUUUACGGCAGGGAGGGUAGACGGUCUCCCGCAGUAGAGGUUGCUGAGAUGGUAGCACAGAUGACUUCUUCAGAAUGGAGACGCACCCUAGCUCAGGAGGUCACAGAGAUGGUUAUGGGGCAGCUUGCUCCAUUAUUGCAAGAUCGCCGGGGCGUAUCCCGUGAAAGAGGAAUGAGGUCAUAUCAUGCUACCGAUCAUUUGACGAUAGAUGUUGAUGGUGUGGCUAUGCCGUUGGACAAGUCUGUCAAUAAGGUGCUUACAGAGUUGGAUGCCGAUGACGAUUUCGAUGUGGAGUUGCAACCGUCUGAUGGGGGACGUGUAUUUGUGGGCCCUCAUGGGAGUGUGCCAGUUAUGAAUCCCCUAGACCCGGUCAGCCACGGUGAUGUACCUUUGGUCCACACUGCUGUCAGCCACGGUGAUGUACCUUUGGUCCACACUGCUGUCAGCCACGGUGAUGUACCUUUGGUCCACACUGCUGAUGAUGUUGGUGUAGUAGCAACUGAGCCAGAAACAAGCAAGCACCCGGUCGACCAAACACAUCAGCACGGACAAGUUCAAGCUGGUGACGGGCCACCUUCAGAUGGAAUGUCAUCGGAGAAGGUGGGACAGCUGGGUGUAGUUGAAGACAAAGAGGAUGAUGAAGACAAAGGUGAGGAGAAUGUUGAGGAGCCGGAAGAGCAGGAUGGUGGCGUCAAGGAUGGGGGGCCGAAUAACAGGGAUGAUGACGAUGAUGAGGGACCGGCUAAUGGUCCUGUGCAAGGAACGGUUGCAGCAUCGCCCUUGGAGAACAUCGCUCAAGAGAACCCCUCUGAAGAUAAGAACAGUGAAGAGAACACCAGUCAAGAUAACCCCACUGAAGGGAAGACCACUGAUGAGAAUCUCCAAACUGAUGACCAAGAACGACCACGGGAGAAAUUGAUCCUAAGGAUUCCGAGAACAAACCCAAAAACACGCUAUCGGCAGACGCGAGUACGAAUGACAAAACUUGAGAGUGACGUAGUAGCUUAUGUGGAGUCAUACAAUCCUAAAGGGAAAGAGCAGGGGGCCAUGCUUAUCGAGUGUGAUGGUAAUGAUGCAAAUCGGAUGAUGUGCUACUCGGUUGUGCGUCCUAGGGAGUACGUGCAUUCCCAGUACGUUCGGGCCGUUGCAAACAUAUACAACAGGGAAUGGGCUCUGGAAUACCCAACGAAUUCUCGCAGAAUCAUGCUGGACUCCUCAUUUGCGUAUCAGAAAUUAAAGACGAGGGAAACAUAUGCUGGUCUGCUGAAGAAGUGGUUCACCCCUCUCCAGAAGAUUGUGUCAGCUGAUAUAUCCGUGAUAGCAGCUGUGGAGUACGUUCUACAUUGGAGGGACACGCAGUAUAAUACAGCUCCUGUUUGGAAGUUGAAGCAAAUGCAUACUUGGCCCUUGGACUCCAUUAGCUUCCCUGACUACAACGACAAUCAUGCGUGUGGAAUAGUAAUGCUUAUGGCUAUCCAGGAAAGUGCAAGGGCAUUUACAAAGAUGAUGCAAGUGGGGGACAUCAAUGUAGCUCGGAAGGCACUGUUUUUGUCUCACUUGAAUUCAGAUUUCAACUCCUGCCGCCCGCUUCUUCCCCAAAUCGUUGCAACCCACUGCCCAUUGUUGUCUUUUGAUACUCACGUUAUUCCUAGGAGAUGGGAUUCAUUGCUUGCAGGUUGUUUGGUACCGUUAUUAGAAAAGUUUGGGUACAAUCUACGAGUUUGGUACAGCCUGAACUUUGUUCCGGCUUUGCAUGUGUUUAUUGUUAUAAAGGAUAAAAAUGUUAUAUCAGGUCCUAAGUCAGGUCCGAUCCGUUCGACAGGCUGGUAA